CAGCUUCAAAAUGGCGUUCCCCAUAGGUGCGUUCAGCAUGUGCGUGUUUAUUCCCCGGUUGCUUCAUUUGGACUCGUAAUUUCUUGGGAUAUGCUAAACCUUUCCGUAUCUUUGUGACGGAGACGCUCUACACGCUUAAAGAUUAGAUGUGCGUUAGAGAAUAAGCGUUAUUACAGUCAGCUCACAUCCGUGAGCGCCAUUUGAGUGACAUGUUGCCGGUGGUGAGACCGCUGUUUCGGAAUUCAUCAUCGUUUUCCGGCAGUGUUCUGCGAUCUUUAACAACCUGGUCCCGUUUGGCGUCGUGCUUCAACAGCAUCGGCGUGAAGAAGCCGAACCUCAAUCUUGGGUUUGGUGAACGAACGGGCUUGUUCGAUCACUCGGUGUUGCGCGAGCCUAAUGGCUUCUACCUGUUGAAGGAGCAGGCGAUCCAAGAUGCAGAGACUUACGUUGACGAAGCCACAGAUUCGAACAGAAGUCGGAAGAUGGUUCAGGUUUUCGACGACUUGUCCGACGCUCUUUGUAGAAUCGCAGACAUGGCAGAGUUUGUCAGGAUUGGCCAUCCUGAGAACCGAUUUUCAUCCGCAGCAUUAGAUGCAUCUGUUUCAAUCAGCAACCUUGUGGAAAAGCUGAACACGAACAAGAACCUCUACGAGGCGCUGAAGCAUGUCACAGAACACGGAGACGUCGUGCCCACCACGGCAGAGGAUGACUAUGUUUCAAAACUAUUUCUGUUUGAUUUUGAGCAGAGUGGAAUCCAUCUUGAUGCUGAAACUAGGAAGAAAGUUGUGUCGCUGAAUGACUACACCCUACAUGUUGGCAGCUACUUCGCAAACAAUGCACUGCAGGCUCGUGCAGUGAAGAAGUCUGAACUGCCCGAAAACAUCCGCAGUUGCUUCGCCAUCGAAGGUGACAACGUAAUCGUUCCAGGCCUCUACGCUGAUGCCAAUAACGAACUGCUGCGAGAGGCCGCCUACAGGGCCUACCUGUACCCAGACAAACACCAGAGCGAGCUGCUGGACGAGCUCUUGGCUGCACGGCACCAGUUGGCCGUGCUGUGUGGCUUCCCCACGUACGCGCAUCGAGCGUUGCGGGGAAGCAUCGCCGGGAGCCCCGACGGCGUUCGCGAGUUCCUGGGCAUCCUCUCUGCACAGCUGAAGCCCAGGGCCGAGCAGGACUAUAAAGAAAUGCUGAAUAUGAAGGCGUCCGGAAACAAGUCGGGGGCUGUGCUCCAGCCAUGGGAUGUCCCCUACUACACGUCACAAGCACGGCAAGCGAGGUUCCAGUUGAAGUCGUCCGAUUAUGCCCCGUACCUGUCGCUCGGCUGCUGCAUGGAUGGCUUGAAUGAAAUCUUCCACUCCUUGUAUGGCGUCAGCCUUGAGGCCGAGGAGGUCAAGUCUGGUGAAGUGUGGCACCCCGACGUGGUCAAGCUGGUGGUGAAGGAAGAGAACCGGCUGCUGGGCUACAUCUACUGCGACUUCUUUGAGCGUCAGGAGAAGGCCAACCAGGACUGCCACUUCACCAUUCAGGGAGGGAGGGCCUUGCCAGAUGGCUCCUACCAGACCCCGAUCGUGGUGCUGAUGUUGAACCUGCCGGCCCGCCAGUGGGGGUCCCCGCCCCUGCUGACCCCGUCCAUGAUGGACAACCUGUUUCACGAGAUGGGCCAUGCGAUGCACUCGAUGUUGGCGCGCACCCGCUACCAGCACGUGACGGGCACACGGUGCGCCACCGACCUGGCCGAGGUGCCCUCCAUCCUCAUGGAGUACUUCUCAUCGGAUCCCAGGGUGGUGUCCAUGUUUGCGAGGCACUACCAGAGCGGGGAGCCCAUGCCGUACCAGAUGGCACUCUCCCUGCGCCACCUGCGCUACCACUUUGCGGCCAGUGAAACGCAGCUGCAGGUGCUGUACGCCCUGCUUGACCAGCGGUACCACUCGCACCACCCGCUGGGGAAGAGCACCACCCAAGUCUUGGCCGAGCUGCAGGACCAGCACUAUGGCCUACCUUACGUCGAGGACACGGCUUGGCAGCUGAGGUUUGGACACCUUGUGGGCUAUGGGGCCAAGUACUACGCUUACCUGGUGUCCCGGGCUGUGGCUGCCUGGACCUGGCAGGAAGUGUUCAAGAGAGACCCUUUCCACAAGGAGGCUGGCAACAUGUACCGCCAGAAGUUGCUGUCCCAUGGCGGUUCCGUUCCGGCCAAGCAGCUCGUGAGCGACUUCCUCUCGAAGGAGGCUUCCCCUGAAAACCUUGCAACUUUCCUGAUUUCGGACAUUGAAACAGGCUUUGCGUGAUGUCUGGAGAGAAAAAUUCUCAACACCAGGGGUCCGCGAAACAUCGAUGGUUAAGAACCACUGCUUCAGACCAUGGAGACAGCAGUGGCCCUAGCUGUCCUGGAAUAUAGUUGUGGACCAGGGGGCUUCGAAAGAGCACUCCUCAAAAUGAAGAUGGAGCUCGCGAGUAACCUAUCAGUUCCAGGCAGAGAAGGUGACCCAGCACCGACUCGCCAGGUCUCGAGCAAGUGCUCUGCAGUCGUCCAGAGUUGCCCACAGGCGACGCAAGAUGGAGGCUGUGGCCUCCGAGCAGAAGCGCCUCCAAGAGGAGGGCCCCACCUACGCUGCUGGGCUCUUUUAGUGCCCUUUUAGAGGCCCUAAAUUAAAGGCAGGGUUGUGAACACCUUUAAUGCAUUUUUCUCGAUUUCACUUUUUUGCCAUAAAUUUCAUUUUAGUCAAUCUAUCGUUUGAUAAUGUGACUAAGGGAAAGGCUCAUGUUUAGUUUUUCUUGACCGAAGUCUAAUAAAGAAU